AUGGGACACAUUCGGCGGAAGGGGAUCACGAAUACCUGGCGCAUGGACACAGGUCUGUUGCUGAGUCACAUGAAGCGAUACGCACAUGAUCCAACAGAUCUGGGCUCGCGCAGAGGCGUCUCUAACGAGGCCCUCCGACAGCUGUACCUGGCGGCAUAUGCCGAUUUCACACGAGAAUCACGGCAGAGAGUAGCCGUGCCGGGCACAAUCUACGCGCAGCGGCCAAUCCUCUACGACAUCCCGGAGAUCCGACUGCUGCGUUUGGAGCCGCAGCAGGACGAGCACUCCCCGCUGCGGUGCUCUACCAUCUUCUGGCCCUUCCCCCUCUCGGCCACCUACUACCGCCAGCCGCCGUACUACGCCCUAUCGUACCGAUGGAGCCCGCCGACGCCUGGCACCUUUCUGGUCGUCGACGGCAUCGAGGUGAACGUGUCGGACGACCUCGCCCUUGCACUGCGGGCGGCGAUGAGGCACGUAGUUCCCUCUGGCGCACCGCUAAUCAUAUGGGUUGACGCCAUCUGCAUCAACCAGCAAGACGACUUUGAGCGGACGUUUCAGGUCGCCAUCAUGAACCAUAUCUACUCGUGCUGCCGCGGCACGUUCAUCUGGCUCGGCGCGGAGGCCGACAACAGCGGUCUGGCGAUCGACAUGAUCAACGAGGUGAGCAAGGCGUACGACGAGUGGUACCAGCAGAUCAUGCGGAGGGAGAUUAUCCCUCCCGAGCCCAGCCCGCUACAAAAGUCUCCGCGUCACAGGUCUGCCCUCGCGCCGUUCCUGUCCCGCAGCUACUGGGAGCGGCUCUGGAUCGUACAGGAGGUGCUGUUGUCCGACGAGAAGCUCAUCCUCUGUGGCGACGGGCGACUCGACUGGGUCGACCUCCAGAAGUUCCUCAUCCAUCAGUCCGUCUACGCGGACGACGAAGUCCUCGCGACCCUGCAGACGGUGGGCAGCAGCAUGAAAAAUCUGGUCCAGAUGGACAAGAACAUGAACGAGAAAAGGCAGUCCCUGACGGCCAAACUGAGCCUCCUAGAGGCUCUGGUCAUCAGCCGCAACAGGAAGUGCACAGACCCCAAGGAUCACAUCUAUGGCGUCCUGGGGAUCACAACGACGAGAAUAGCCCCGAAGUACCAGCGAAGCGUGCACGAGGUUUGGACCCUGGGGAUCCUCACGGCUAUCGAGGAAGAUAGGUCGCUCAAUGUUCUGAGCCUGAGCCAUCUCAGCCCGGAUACCCACAUCGAUCUUACCAAGGCAACGGGCCAGCCGCAGCAGCCGCCCCUCCCCGGCUGGAUCCCCGAUCUCUCGCAGCAGAGAUCGCUAUCGGGCCACAUCCUGUACUGUAUGGGUGAAGCAAAGACGCGCAAAUGCCGGUUCGAGGUCUUCGGGCCGCCCCAGCGCCCGGCGCCCAGGGAGAUAGGCGCGGUGAAGACGUGGGACGACAUGACAAACACGCAGACACAACACCCGCUAAGGAUGCGAGUAUCAGCCGUCCCCGUCGACAAGGUCAGAUAUUGCCACGCUAGCGUGCAGCGCGGGGAUAUCCUGCGAGCAUGGAAGCGGUGGUGCAGUUACCUUCUUAAGGAGGCGCCGGAGAUGAGCACUUUCUAUGAGUCGGACAAAGACAAGGCGAUAGCGUUUGUAGACGCCAUCCUCCUCUAUGAGCCCCCUCCGCCCGGGGAAACGAGGCCCGAGCGACGGGUGGCCGUCGCACGCAGCUAUCUCAUGACCGUCCUGACGAACACGACGCCCGACACGCCCGAUUACGCCCUCAACCUCGACUUUGAAUGUAAGAAGGAUUUCCUCCUGGCGGUUCUCCAGCCUCUCCGGGCGUACAUGGACGUUGUGCAUGCGGAAUUUACCAUCUUCUACACGGAACGGGGGUAUGUCGGCAUGGGUGUCAGGGGAGUCGAGCCGGGCGAUAAGGUCUGCCUCGUAGGCGGAUGCGAUGUGCCUCUAGUUCUGCGUAGCGAGUUGCUAGGAGAGGAUGCUUCACGUAUGCCAACGCAGUUCUGCUUUGAUGAGAUAUUCCCUGCUGUUUCUACUCGAGACGGAAAAGCAUUGUCAGCCCAGAGGCCUGAGGCCAGUAUCCGCACUGAGAAAGACAGGCCCCUUUUACAAGAAACCCAGCGUGACGAUUACCGCGUGGUUGGCGAGUGUUACGUCUCGGGGAUCAUGUACGGCGAGCAUUUCGAUCGAGCGAGAACUCCCACAGUGAUCAACUUGGUCUGA